AUGCCGCCGCAGAGCAGGGGCACGCCGCCGAAGUCUCUACCGGUGCCCUCCGGACCUCAGAGCAAAUCUACGCCGAACUUGCCGACUCUCAAGAGCGAUAGUCCUCCGAAGCGCGAUGCUACCAUAGGGACAUCCUCGCAGCAAGCGGCUGCACUGUCUCCCGAAGUGUCUGGCGACAAUGUCACCUCGCCGUCGGAGCCUGCUUCUAUCGAGGACUUCUCGCUGGACUCCGCCCACGACCUGCCUUCCUUGUCCCCAGCAUCGUCCGAUGAAGAGUCUGACGGCGAGCAGGAAGAUGGCCAUGUAGCAAACCUCCCAUCACAUCCUCCUAUAUAUCACCAACACUCUCGUAGCCACACGUAUCUGGGUCCUUCCGCCUUUGCUCCACCCUUCUACGGCCGCCCGCCCACCCCGCUUCCUCCGUCGCCGUCUCUGACGUCUCUGCUCCGCCCGAAUUUCAGUACGCACAAUAGCAGGCCAACGACACCAGAUCCGUCUAGCGAUGAAGGCGGACCGCAGGGGCGUGGUCAUGCGACUGGCACACAGACGCCCAACUCGGCCGCAGCAUCGACUUUGACAAGCACCUUCCGCUCUGCAAAACCCAUUCCACGAGCGAGCCCAAAAGUGCCGACCUACGAAUACUACGGCUUCACACUCUACCUCACCAGUAGUCUCGCCUUUAUUGUGUAUCUGCUCUGGUCCUUCUUACCUUCUCCAUUCCUGCACCAGCUGGGCAUUUAUUACUAUCCCAACCGCUGGUGGGCUCUCGCCAUCCCAGCAUGGACCGUCAUGCUCAUCGUCUACAUCUACGUAGCGCUGGCUUCCUACAAUGUCGGCCAUCUGACCUUGCCGCUCAAGAGCGUGGAAUGUCUGAUUGAUGAGGCGGCCAGUAUUGCGGUCGUGGAUGCGAAUGGCAACAUAGUACGAAAUGACAAGUCUAGCUGGAAGGCGGAUGAUCAGACGAAACACAAGCAUAACGGGAGCAUUGGCAAGAAAGGCGGUGGAAAAGCGCGAGGAGGUGGGCAAAGUAGGCAAUCGAGCACAAAUACAGCCCAGAUCGAGCCGGAGCUGGAUUGGAAGACGUUGUGGAUGGAAGGAACGGAUGCUGUCAUGGAUAUACCGAUUGGCGGCGUCUGCGAAAUUCUGUAUGGCGGAGAUGACGAGGAGCACGAGUUUUCAGACGAGCAUAAUGGUGGUUGAAUAAUGGAUGAGGAUAUGUUCUUGUCAAGAUCCAAAAGCAGCGGGGGCGAGAUUGCAUAAUGUAAUCCAUCACUGCUCACCGUGCGAGGCUCCGAAAGGUCCGGAAGAUUCCAGUCUGGUAUGAAGGGCGCAAGACCUGUAUCGCGCCCUUCUCAGACAUGACGCAACAGAUUGCGUCGCGACGAAUGCCUAAGCGCUGUAUAGGCAGAAAGCCGCGUCUGGACGGAGCAUUUCAUGGAGAUCCACCUGCUUUGCUAGCAACGGAGACGGCGACAUGUUAGGUGUGGAAGAGCUGCAUCGAGUGGUGUUGGCAGACACUAUCAAGGGCGAUGCUGUGGGAGUGGAAGGCUGUCGAGCCGAAUUGGCGAUGAAGUGGACAGGGAGCAAGUUCUGCAGGCAAGGCUGACGGGAAGAAUUGCUCUUGAGGACGGCCUUCCAGUGGGGGUCGCCAGCAGAGUCGGCGACGAG